UUUUUUUUUUUUUUUCGUUUUUUUGUUCUUUUCCACAUGCUUGCUUCAGCCAGUCGCAUUGCAGCAGGACGUCGCCUGCUCUCGUCCGCCGCCACCGCCGCGCGCCCUCAGGCUGCAGCAAGCACGCCGUCGUUCAACGCCGCUGCCAAGGCCGGUUCGGGGGACGCACCCGCUGCUGCUGCUGCUGAGGAACAAGGAGGAGCGAGCUCUGGCGGCUUGCUUGCUCGAACGUUCGGGCGGCUCCGCGGUGCCAAGGCCACGGAUGGUGCUGCACCCACCACCACUGCUGCUACUGCUGCUGCUGCUGUGACUGGUGAUGCAAAGACCGCCGCCGCUGGAUCGGCCGAUUCCGAGGCCAUUCGAGCGCAUCGUGCGCUCCAUGCUCGCCGCGCCAGUGAAGCGCCGGCCAUCCUCACUCCUGCCGUAAUGGACGAGGAGCACAUCAUCAGGCGCACUGUCAUCAACCACUACCGAUCCAAGACACCGCUCGUGUACCAGGAUGCCCAGGGCCAGUCCAAGACGAUUUCCGAGUCCCGAGCAGCGAAAAUUCUCAAGCAAACCCGAAAAAGCUAUUUGGAGCGACGAUACGCCGCUUUGGUCCCGCGGACAGAUCUCGACGUGCGCCAAACUGUGCGCGAGAUUGUCAACGAAAUUGCUCCGAUUCCGGCCGAUGCCAAGGACGCCGUCUGGACGAGUCGGGCGUUUGAUAGCCAAACAGAGCGCGUUCAGAUCCUUGCGCGAUGUGUCGAAACCUUCCAACGAGACAUUCCGGAUCACCUGCUGAGUGAAAUGAAGAAUGCUGCAGGUGUGGUGAAAUUUUUCAAGUCGCCGCUUCCUGCAGCCCCGCGUCUCUUCCCAUCAAUCGAUCUGGAAAAGCUGCCUCCAAACCUGCGCAUUGAGGUGUAGAAUUUCCAUUGCAACAUGGGGGGGGAGCCCAGACUGUAACUUUAUGUUUGCGUGUCGGGUUUCUUCUGUUUUUUUAUAAAGUACAUUUUACAAUUACAAAGC